CUGGGGCAGCCAAAGCAACAGCAACUAAGCUACGGAGAGGGCCUUCGUCGACGCGUGGACGAUCUCGUAGUCCCUCGGUGCAGGCAUCAGCCCUUGCCUCGACGUCGGAAGAGGAACAUUACCAUAACAAGCAACAACUACGACCACAGCUGGAACGAAAUCAAGAACAAGUUGCAGCACCUCCAGAUGAGGCAGAUGCGCACUUACUGGCAGAGAUGAGGGAGCUCGCGAAAGCUCGCGCAAAUGCUGUGCGGGAAAGCCGAAAAAUUCUUCACGAUUCUCUCGAUCUCCGAAAGAAGUUUCGAGAGCAGGAAUCAGGGUGGGACCAAGAAAGAGCCCGAUUAGCUGCGGAAAAAGACAAGGUCGAACAGGAAAGGAAUCAAGAAAUCGGUAUAUUUUUUGAAGUGAGGUCUAGUUGGAAUACGAAUACGUAGGAUUUUUAUACAGAUUCAAUAUGUUUUGGUUUCUGGUGGUUUGUGUUUGGUAAAGGGAGAAUGAAUUUCCUCCGCCUGGUAUUUUUUUAAUCUUUUAUCAGGAAGCACCAGCACCUAAGAACCAAAACUAUGUACUCGUUUUCGCUACAUAAAAAGUUUGUUACUGCUCAAGAACUUUUUUCUUUGAUAUCAAAAUCAAAUACAAGACGAACAUGAUCAGCGUUGCUCCGCAGUGAACUUUCGAAGUUGCAAGAGGAGGUAGUUUCUGUUCGGACUGAAGGCGAGAGGAAAUUGCAAGAACUCCAAUUGCAGACGGGUGAAGUGAUUCGGCGAAUGCAACAAGAUUCGCAGGACGAAGCGGCGAAAUCAGAAGAGGAGUAUAGCUACAGACUUGCGCAUGAGGUAAAAAAAUGCCAGGAGCUGCUGGGAAAGGUAUGCAAUUUUUUGUAUUAUUUACAAGGUGACGACUCCUGAAGGUUUGUCAGCUAGCUUUUACAGCACUUGCUGAUAGUUUUAUUACUAUAGGUACUUUCCAGAAGAUCAGAGCACGACUACAGGUACCAUUUCCAGAGGAUCAGAUUAUCACCUCCCCUCAGUAGUUCCUGCAAUUUUUGUCCCUUCAUUGUUUGAGUUGUUGAAAGCCGGGGACGAACACGCGGGGGCGCUGCAGGAGCAGCUGUCAUUGUCGCAGCAGGAGACGAUCCGAUACCAAGAUGAAAUCGCUGAGCUUCGCGCGCAAAACGCUGAGCUUCUUGCGGAUAAUGUUAGACUCGAGGGUCUGGAGGCCCACCGUGCGGAAAUGACUAAAAAGGUCGUGCGUGACCUAAGCCAAGAAGUUCAGGCGGUGGCUGAGAGUACGAUGCAGCUGCUCCAGGGAAGGGAAGGGAAAUUAGCAGAGACUUUGAUAGAUGCUCCAUUACCUGGAGUUGGAGCAUCUUUCGCAAGUAGUCUAAGUCCUAGUGGAGAUCCUACUAGUACUGGCACUGCAGGUGGAGCAAAUAGCAUUGCAGCUGUGAAGAUGAAAUUACAGGCGAUGGAAGACGGUCUCUCAGCGUUAGUCGUGAACAGUGCGGAAACGCCUGCUUCGAACGUGUAUCCAGCGGACAACGAUCUUCACAGGAACGUCAACGAGGAUGAAGAUUUUCCUCCUAAUAAAUCAAGUAGUCGCAAGUCGAGCUUGUCAAAAAGUCGUUCUUCAACUGGUAGAAGUAGAGGAAACAAAUCCGGCUCGCGCUCGGGCCGCUCGUCACGGGAACAAAGUCUACGCGAAAACAGUGAACAAGAGGCCGUAUCGGUCUUAGAAAAACACCUGGAAACCGAAGUCGCACGAAGGCAUGAGAUCGCGAGUGAGAUGGCUUCCGUAAAAGAUCGAGAGGCGAAACUCAAGAAAGAGAAGGUCCUAGAAAUUGAUUGUGCUUGAAAGAUUUCAAAUUUAUCGUGUUUGAUAGGACGUGAAUGUCUUUGUUGCGGGCUCAACAUCAGUGCAGAAACGGCAAUUUCGAACGUGUAUCGGGGCUCUGAUCUGUCCUCAUUCUUAAUAUCCUCCUUCUGAUCAAGAUUAUCAUCAGAUCACGAACGUCCUAUCAGGCAGCUGCCGAGACGCUUGCUCAGCAACAGGAAGAGGAGAUAACGGCGUUACGUGCUGAGCUUGCCGGGAUCGUGCAGCAGGAGCGCGUGAAGCGAAAGGACGAGGUACAGCAGAUUCGUGCAGAGCUUUUCCAAGUGAAGAAUGAACUCUUGGGUCUUCGUGUCACUCCAGCAUCCUAGUCGUGAUGGAGGACAAUGGAGCCAUUUCCUCGUUCGAGUAUCUGUUGCCAGCAGAAGGGUCACUUUUUGUUCUUUUUCCACGACACGGAAACCCUGCUUAGAAGACGUUCCUUUUUUUGCGCAAUUGAAUCAAUUGUUUUAUUCUAUCCACCUAUCUCCACAUAAAAAUCAAUGCUGAAAUUUGAGGUUAGUUCGUUUUUUUGUGGGUUUGUUUUGUAAUACAUUGCCAACAUGGAACGAAUCAACAUCUUCAACAUUUUUCUCUCGUUUUGUCAAAAUUGGUUACAGGGUCAGCCAAUUCGCAAUGUCAUUCUAUUGGUCAUGAACAUAAUUCGCAUGUCACCAUUCCUUGCAAAAAUAUUGUGCUAAGUACUUUCUAUCCUUAUAAUAUAAGCUUGCUGGUAAAUACGGGAAAGCCUCAACAGUUAUAGCUAGAAAACCCACAUGAGAAAUGAAGUUGGUCGUAAUCUGUGAACCUGAACGUACCCCCCGAUGGCAGACCCGUACUCAUAAAAGACCAUUGACAUUUCUUUGUCAUCGACAAACAUCGACGAGGUAAAUUACCAUUGGUACACGGAGAUAGAGG